ACAGCAUAUUCCAGGACAUGAGCGUCAUAAGGAAGUGGUUUAUUUCUCCUCUUGUUGUCUAUAUAAACCUCUGUGAGGACAGACAUUCUGCAGGUGAGACAAGAUGGAGUUUGGAUUCGUGAUAUUUUUGCUCAGCUCUGCUCUUUUCGGGCACAGCUCUGGAUUCACAACAGAUCAUUAUUCCUGCUGGUAUAACUGCGGCUACAAUUUGGGUUCGUGUUCCUGCACCAGCGACUGUCAGUACUACGGAAACUGCUGUCCCGAUUAUUACGAUUACUGCGGCAGCACGACUGCUCCUGAAACACCAGAAACAACAGGUCAUAAUUCCUGCCUGUAUAACUGCGGCUACAAUUCGGGUUCGUGUUCCUGCACCAGCUCCUGUCAGUACUACGGAAACUGCUGUCCCGAUUAUUACGAUUACUGCGGCAGCACGACUGCUCCUGAAAUAUCAGAAACAACAGAUCAUUAUUCCUGCCGGUAUAACUGCGGCUACUAUUUGGGUUCGUGUUCCUGCACCAGCUCCUGUCAGUACUACGGAAACUGCUGUCCCGAUUAUUACGAUUACUGCGGCAGCACGACUGCUCCUGAAACACCAGAAACAACAGGUCAUUAUUCCUGCCGGUAUAACUGCGGCUCACAUUUCGGUUCGUGUUCCUGCACCAGCUCCUGUCAGUACUACGGAAACUGCUGUCCCGAUUAUCACGAUUAUUGUUUCACCACAACAACAGAACCAGACGUGACAACAGAAGAAACGCCAACAAUAGACUAUAUAACCUGUAGGGAUCGUUGUGGUCAUGAUGGUGGUAUCUGUUCCUGCACCAGCUCCUGUCAGUAUGGUGGAUAUUGUUGCGACGAUUAUGAAUAUUAUUGCACCAACUCAACUGUAACACCAACAGCAGGUGGAGCUCCAUGUGGUGGAAAUCUGACUCAGUCACGAGGGGAAUUUUUCAGCCCCAAUUAUCCCAAUAAUUAUCCCAAUUAUGCACACUGCACAUGGAGCCUGCUGGCUGGAGAACUGCAGGUGGUUUCGUUAAACUUCACGUUCGUCGAUUUGGAGUCAGGCUAUGACUUUAUCCGCGUGUACGACGGUCCGACUGCUCAGCAUUCACUUUUGGGUUCUGUGAGUGGAACUCAGAGAGCUACCUUCAACUCCAGCAGCAGAUACAUGACCGUCGUUUUCUCCACUGACGGCAGCGUGACUCGACAAGGUUUUCGGGCUGAAUGGGCUUUCAAAUCUGCUCCAAUGUGUAAGGACCGAUGUGGCAGCAGCUACAGCAGUUGCUCCUGUGAGAGUUCAUGUGAACGAUAUGGAAGAUGCUGUCACGAUUAUUAUGAUUAUUGUUACUAUGUGACGCCAACUCCUGUACCAGCCUGUGGGGGGAGUCUUCAGGGCUCAGGCUCCAUCUCCAGCCCUUACUACCCCAGUUAUUACCAUGACAACGCGUAUUGUGUGUGGCAGCUCUCGGCUCCGGCAGGACAGACCGUCUUCCUCUCGUUCCAGGACUUAGAUCUGGACCGCUGCUGCUACUGUGAUUAUGUGAGUGUGUAUGAUGGUCCGUCCACCGCGUCCCGCUUGAUAGGAAAGCUCUGUCAGAAUAGCACAAGCCACCUGGACUUCCAGUCGUCCUCGUCCUACAUGACCGUGAUGUUCAGGAGUGACUACUCUGGGGUUGGGCGUGGCUUUAAAGCCUACUUCAGUUCCUCCCUCACCCAAAACACAGGCCGUGUGGAUUGCUCCUCUGACUCGAUGAACAUUGCCAUCCGUAAAUCCUACCUGGACUCACUGGGCUUCAGCUGGUAUGACCUUUAUCUGGAUGACCAUCGCUGCAGAGCUUCAACUGACAACUACUAUGUCACCUUCAACUUCCCUCUCCAUAGCUGCAGCACCAGGAGAAAGACCGAGAAUGGACGAAUUAGCUACACCAAUAAUGUGCGAGCAGCUCAGUCAACGUCGGGUGAGAUCACCCGACAUGAUACAGAGUUCCUGUUGGUUGUGAGAUGUGUGAUGGAGCGUGAUUCUUCAGUCGGGAUUCUUUAUGAAGCCAAAGAGAUUACAAAUGCAACUAUCAGUGGAACGGGUCGGUUCAACACCACCAUGGCCUUUUACCCAUCCAGCAACUUUUACUACCCCAUCACCGAUUCCCCGUACCGAGUGAACCUCAAUCAGCAACUGUACGUGCAGGUGCAGCUAACCCAAGCCGAACCAAGCCUCCACCUGUUCAUGGAUUCCUGUGUGGCCUCGCCAAACCACGACUACAGCAGCCGCACCUAUGACCUUAUACGCAAUGGCUGUCAGAGAGACAACACGGUAAACAUAUACAGAAAUGGAAAUCGUUACUUCGCUCAGUUCAGCUUCAGCGCAUUCAAGUUCCUGCGCACACACAACCAGGUGUUCCUCAAGUGUGAUGUCGUUAUCUGCCCUGACAACGACUACAACUCACGAUGUCGCCAAGGAUGCCGUUAUCGCAGGAAACGAAGCACUAGCUCUGAUCACCACACUGAGGUCCUCACCCUUGGGCCAAUCACACUCAAAGCUCCAGAGGAGGCUGAGGCCAAGACGGAGGACAAGGAGUGAACUCACACUGACUGAUUAAUUAAUAACUUAAAUAUAGUUAACACUGAAUAAUAAUCUGAAUAAGCUUCCUCUAUUAAAGCAUUAUCUAAAGGCAA